CCUCGGCCAACUGCUGAGUCCGCCAACCUCUCGAGCGAAACUCCGCAAACCACCGAAACGCUACAUUCACUUGGGCCGCUACCCCACAGAGAACCAUCGGCACCUGAGCGAGGCACCGGAAGGAUGCGGAUGUCGGACUGUGGGAAGCGUUGGCACGACCGGCUGUCCCAUGUAUCUGCAGUUCCAAACCACCCCUCCCCCCCUCCGCUGCUUUUUCUGCCUUACUGUCGGCAGCAUCUUGUCUGUUCUGAGGGUUUUACUGAAGUGCUUUAAGGAGUUGCACAAGCUUUGGCAGAGACACACCAGAGACAUGCCUAUCCUCAGUCCCAUGUCCUGGGGGCUGGGAAGGAUGAUUGAGGAUAGGCUGAAACAACUGGAGACACUCACCAACGGUCUCCGUGAACGAAUCGGGAAUCUAAGGUCGGGGCUAGAGGAUAUCAGAGGUGGUCUCUCUGAGCAACGGCACAAAACAGAGGUUCUCAAUGCGGAACUGGAGGACUUGGACCAACAAAAAGCCUCCAUGACGUACGUCGAUGACGGUUUAAGAAAGGUGAGUUUUACCAGUUUAACAUAA